AUGUUUUGCAUGAGUAGUACUCAAACCUCACGACAGCUUUGGGAAGCACUGCUAGAAUGCACUAACCUUAAGCACCUGGAAGUAUCUUACGCAAGUAUAGAUGACGAAGUUGAUCUAUUCCUUCAAGUCUGCAAGAAACUUAGGCACUUGGCAUUGGAAAAUGUAAUGAUACACCAGCUGCCGAUCGGCUUUCUAAGUAAUGAGACUAGCGAAUAUAUUCUCUCAAAUGUACACACACUAUGCAUUACUGGCGUUCAAGUUACUAAUCCCCCGCGUCCAUACACACCUUCGUAUUGCCUCGGCAUGUUGGUGAGGAGUUGUCCAGAAUUGCGUGCACUGAAAUUUUGUGAUACCAGCGAGUACGGGCGACCUAUCCAACCAAAUCACGACGAUGUCUUCAGGACAGCGUUCCUUCAACGCCCUUGGCCUUUGGCGAACUUAUCAGAGCUUUCUUUCCCUUAUAUGAAAAUAAAAGACGAGGAUAUGGCGGCACUUCUCAGACAGAUGGCAGAGUUAAGGCGGCUAGAUGCUCCAUUUUGCGAGCUCGGCAAGCUCUCUCUGCAAGAGUUGCUAGCUGGCAAACAAGAUAUCUUGGAUAAUGGAUAUAUGGUACGGAAGGCGAGGCUGCGGAGGCUCUGUGAGACAAUUGAAGAGCUGGUGUUCAACACGCAAAGCGCCAGCAUGGAUGGUAUUGUCCAAGCAACUUUGUCAAAUUGUCCACGACUAGAACUACUGCGAGGCCCUAAAAUCACAGUAACGGAGAUUGCCAAUGGGGCGGAAUGGGUGUGCACUAGAUUGACUAGCCUGGCCAUCUACCUUGAGGUAGAUGUCGACCAAGGGGCUGUAGAGGGCAUGGAAAAACAGCGUAUUGCGUUUAAACGACUAGGAAAACUAACUCAGCUACGCAACCUUGACCUAACAUCCUGGAGCCCAAGGAAUAGGGGGAGAAAGCGGACGCUGGACUUGAGACUAAGGGCAGGUCUGGAUGAACUAGCCAACCUAAAAGUGCUGAAGAGGGUAUUGUUUCGUGGUGAUGAUCACCAGUUAAUAGGACUUGAGGAUGCGAGAUGGGUUGUGAACAACUGGCCAAGCAUCAAGUACUUAGACCGCUUGAUUGAUGACCCAUCUAUACCCUCUUCCGGCUUCAAGGAAGAUGAUGAUUAUGAACUAGGCCUUGAAGUUACAUUCAACUUGAAGAGCCUGCGUGAGUUAUCGUUCAGCGAUGAUCACCAGGAAAUAGGCCUUGAGGAUGCGACAUGGAUCAAGCACAAGAAAUACAUCGAGGGUAUUAUAUUUGAAGGAAACAAUCUUCCAGACGAGUAUUUGUUAUUGCAGGGAUGUGAUCACCUCCAAUCCAUCGAGUACGAAGAACUUGUGUAUCCCAAAUCGGUUGAAUAUUUGAACCUCAUCAAGAACCACAACUCUACCAUCACCAGGCUUCACUUUUACAAAACUCCAACAUCGUAUGAGUUCUGGGAGACAUUGCUGGGAUGCACUAAUCUCGAGCAUCUAAAAGUAUCUCACGCAAAUAUCCAUGACGAUAUCGACGUAUUCCUUCAAGUUUGCAAGAAACUUAAGCACCUAGACCUGGAUGUAAUAUCCAUAUACCAACUUCCUCCCAGCUUCCUAUGUAUUGAGAGCAGUGGCUAUAAUCUCCCAAAUAUACACACACUGCAUCUUCAGGAUGUUUCGAUACCUGAACCUCCGCACCCGUACACAUCAGCCUAUUGCCUCGGUAUGUUCGUCAGAAGAUGUCCAGGAUUGCGUUCACUGCUAUUUUACGAGCUCUACAAGCCAAACGAAGUCCAACACCACUUCCAAUAUGAGCCAGCAGACCCAAGUGACAAUAGCUUCUACAAGGAAACAUUCCUUCAGCAUCCCUGGACGCUGAAUAAUUUGUCAGAGCUGAUUUUGAUUAGCGCGCAGUUAAAAGACGAGGAUAUGGCGGGACUUCUCAGAAGGAUGCCUGAAUUAAAGCGGCUACAGGCCCCAUACUGUGAGCUCGGUCAGCUCUCUCUGCAGGAAUUGCUGUCUGACAAGCAAGAGGCUUUUGAUAAUGGACAAAUGGUACGGAAGACAAGGCCGCAGAAGCUUUGUGAAACUGUUGAAAGAUUGGCGUUCAAUAUGAGCAGUGUCAACGUGGAUGGGGUUGCUCAAACUAUUUUAUCCAUUUGCCCACGCCUGAAGGACCUGCGGGGAUCUAAAAUCACCAUGACAGAGAUUGCCAAUGGGGCAGAAUGGGUGAGCACCGGACUGAUUAAGUUGGAUAUUUAUCUUGAGAUAGACAUUGAUCAAGAGACUCUCGAGGGCAUGGAGACGGCGCGUAUUGUCUCUAACCAACUAGGAAGAUUGAUUCAACUACGAUCUCUUGACUUAACAGGAAACAGAUUUCAGGGAUGCGACAUGGAUUGUGAACAACUGGUCAAGAAACGAGUGCUGGAAUGGCAAGUCGAUGUGUAA